AGAGUAGAUACUGUCCGUGUGUGGGGGGGUUGUAGGAAAGUAAAUCAUUUCAAAGUGAACCCUAGUGCUCACCCAGUGUGGCGAAGUGUACUUUCACGUCAUCCGUAAGCGAAAGCUCCACCUUUGGAAUGAAUCGGAGGCGGCAUGCUCGUGCUGCUUUGCAGGGACUCACAGGACGGGAUGCAUCCCGACCGAGCAGGCGGACUGCUGUCUUUCUCCUCCUCUUAGAAGAUAAUUUUCGACUAGAACAUGCUUCUGUUUUUGUUCAAGGGACUUUCCCACUGUCGGACUGGCGAGGACGUACGGUACUGUCUAUCGGCUGCUAUGAGACGGGAGUGAGCGUGGAGAAGACAGGAUGCCCGGCAGCGGCGCCGACUCGCUGAAAGCGUCUGCUUUUAUUCCAGUGUGCACGGCCGCCUGCCUCCUGGUGGGAUCCACGUCGCUCUUCUUCGUCUUCACAUGCCCGUGGCUGGCCGUGACCAUCUGCCCUGCUGUGCCGCCAUGCUGUGCCAUCCUUUUCCUUUUCGUACUGGCCAACUUCACCAUGGCAACAUUCAUGGACGCUGGUGUACUCCCGAUGGCAAAUGAGGAUGAGGACAAGGACGACGAAUUCCGGGCCCCCCUUUACAAGAACGUGGACGUGAGGGGCAUCCAAGUGCGCAUGAAGUGGUGCGCUUCCUGUCACUUCUACAGACCGCCACGCUGCUCACACUGCAGCGUGUGUGAUCGCUGUGUGGAGGACUUUGACCAUCACUGCCCUUGGGUCAACAACUGCAUCGGGAGGAGGAACUACCGUUACUUCUUCCUCUUCCUGUUGUCCCUCACCGGUCACAUGGUCUGCGUCUUCAGCUUCGGCCUCAUCUACGUCCUGCACCACAUGGACGACCUGUGGAAGCUGCACUGCACCGUCACUCUGGUUGUGAUCAGUAUAUCAGGUCUUUUUCUCCUCCCGGUUCUGGGACUGACUGGAUUUCACCUGUUCCUCGUGUCCAGGGGACGCACCACCAAUGAACAAGUAACCGGCAAGUUUCAGGGGGGAGUGAAUCCGUUUACACGCGGUUGUUGCAACAAUCUGGAGUAUUUAGUCUGCAGUCCCACCUCACCAAGCUACACAGCCAGGCCUCGCAAGAAGUCAGUGAUCCACAUCCAGCCGCCCUUCCUGAGACCUGAGAUUGACAGGCAGCUGUCAGUCAAAGUCACCGACAACGGCAAGCACAGCCAGGACCUUCAAAAUAAACGUUCCUCCGCUGGACCUGUGGAGCAGUCGGAUAUGAAACAGCAGAAAACUCCGCCUCCUCUGCCACCAAAACCUGAACACGGGCUGCUGAGAAGCCACCUGGCAUCCAUGGAAGAGACGGGACAUCACACCAAGUCCAUCAUCCCCGUGUCCAUUCCCACUGUCCCACAGCUGCGACCAGUCCUGGAGGCCAUAUCCAGAGGAUCCUCACCCAUUCCUCCAGAGCAGCUGCUGAAGCCCUCAGAGCACCAAGGGGACAGCAAAAGUCCAGACCUGAAUGGAAGCCCCGUGAGAGGCACACUGCCCCCCCUACAGGCCACCAGCACCAUCUCGAGCUCCGUGCAGUUCAGCUCUAUGACCCUCAACUCACGCUCACUAAAACAUGGUGGUUGCAGCAGUCGCCAUCACGGCUGCAAAUCCCAGUUGCCCUCCGUGCACGCCGAUGGUCCCGCCGCCUCAAGUCUGCUGGCCAGUCACAGCAGUUAUGAUAACCUCAUGGACCCCCAGUGUGGGGCUCAGAGAGCAGCUCCUACAGUCAGCUUUUUCAUGAGCUUGGGUCCUGAUGGCAGCGUGGUGCAGAGGCCUCCCCCUCUGGCCUACACACCUCAGGCCUACAGCCCCGUCUUCAUGGGGGUCACACGACACUCCCCUCAGCCCAGAGACACCUCCCCUUCCUUGCCGGGUCUCACCCCCAGAGACCCGUCCCCGUCCUUCCCUGUAGGCUACAUCCAAAGAGAGCCCCCUUUCUUGGGGUCAGCUCUAGCAAUGCGAGACAUGAAGACCCACAGCUUGAGCUCCACACCACAGAAGUCCACCGCUGCCACAGCGACCUCACGGUAUGACGCCUUUUCCAAAAGCCUCAUCUCCUCUAUCCAUGAGAGGCGUGAGAUGGAGGACAGGGAGCGGAUGCUGCGUCUGCAAGCCAGAUCCCAAGCCCUCUAUGGCCCUGACGCAUCCAUCUACGACAUCCCCUGCAGGAGGAGCCUCCCGCCGGACAACGUCCGACCCCAAGGCACCCGAGGGCCCACCCCUCCUGCUUACGGCUCCAGGGAGUUCCUCAUGAGCACGGGGAUCCUGGGUUACGGCCUGAGGACGUCCCCUCUCUCCAGCUCGUCCACGUCGUCCCUGAGCCGAGGCCCUAAUAAGACAUCGCCCCUACAGAGCGGCAGCAGCUGCAGUUUGCAGGGUAAAGCGCGCUCGUCCUCACCGGGCUACUCUGCUGCUGAACGACAAACAUCAACGUGCACCCUGCCUCGUUUACCUUCUUCUACCACCUCCACCACCACCACUCCUCCAUAUGCUUCCUACGGCACUGCAAAGCGACCCUCACUCACGGAGAGGAAAGACUCAGUCAACAUGGGAGCCUUGAAGUAACCACUCAAGCUCUCAACCAAUCAUCUAUGCACAGGACUUAAAGAUAUUAAUUCAUGUAACUUUCACUGUUUUUUUAAUGUCUUUUCUUAUUGCUUUUGUGAAACAAUACCACACUUGUCUCCCAAUGAAUAAUAGUAUUUGCUAGUCGGGUGUUUAUAUAUGAAUAAAAAUAUUUUAUAACUCUCACUUUUCUACUUUUUUGGUGUCAUUAAAAAAAAAAAAUCCCUGACAGUUUAUGCUUACAGAACACUUCAUUAGGUACACCCGCACCAGCCAGAUCCAACACAUGACAAGUACUUUACAUCUUGUAUGAUGUCAUUGCAUUGUGCAGGUGUCCCUAAUGAAAGGCCAGGUAAGUGGUACAUUACAUAUCUUCACAUAUGUGAUCUAUUUUUUUAUCUUUUUUUUUUUUUUUGCUUGGCUCUGAAUGAUGACUUGAAAAGAACACACCAUUAUAGCAGCCAAACAUGUUGGGGCUGCUGCAUAGUACAUUGUAUUUGUCUCCCUCUAGUGGGCGAUUGAAGGCAUUGUCCUACCUAGCAACAAUUCUGACGUAAAUCAGAUAACCCUGUAAUAGUUUCUUAAAUGAUGGUUUUAAUUAAUACACGUGCAGUAAAUGAAAAAUAUAUAAGAAUUGUUUUCUCAAAGAUUUUUUUCAAAUUCCAAUGUUUACGAAUGUAUUCUGUAAAAUAAAUGAAAAAACAUAAAACAGUUUUUUUUGUAUUCAUACAGUUUUAUUCUUGCAAUAUUGUAAUAAUAUUUCUCUAAA